AUGGUGCAAAAGUGGCGUUCACUGGCACUUCCACAGAACGUUGAGAACUCCCUAUCUAGAAAGACAAGACGGUCAACAGUCCUGACGUCAAGUGCUAGCACUUCCACUUCUACACCACCUGUUCGAAAACGGGAACGCUCAUCUGAGUUGAAGAGACCUACUAUUCAUUUCAAAACUCAAAAAAUUAGCAAAGGUUCGGCAGGAAAACGAAAGGAAAAUAAGGUUAAUGCCCUGUGCAGACGAGAAAAGGAGUUCGAUACCAUUUGUGGUUGGAUUAAGGAAGCUGUGGACACAUCACACCCACUGUCAGUUUACAUCAGCGGCUCACCUGGAACUGGGAAAACUGCAACGUUGAAGCGUGUGAGUGAGUACUUUGAUCGCCAGGCCGUAUUUACUAUUUUGAACUGUGCCUCCAUUACUUCCCAGACCAAGCUCAUUGAAAGCAUCCUCAGCACCUUGGAGUGUCCUUCUCGACCUACUCUAGCUGCUUUAACUUCUGCUCUGAAAGGAUUACGAAAACAUUUUGUGCUUAUUUUGGAUGAAGUGGACCAUCUCACAUCGAAAACAAAUUCGUUUUUGUAUGCUGCCUUUCAAUGGCCUCAGACAAUAACCAGCAAAUUGAUAGUUAUAGGUGUUGCGAAUUCAAUUGAUCUCACAGAACGAUUACUGCCUAAGUUGAGAUUGGGACAGCCUCCAGAAACGCUGGUGUUUGCUCCUUAUUCAAAAGACGAUAUAGCACAAAUUCUGAAAAAUUCUAUGGUUCACGAAUCGGAAGGUGCUAUGGAUGCUGCGGCAGUGGAGUUGUGUUCAAGGAAAGUCGCAGCUAUGUCCGGAGAUUUACGAACAGCUCUUCACGUAAUAAAACAGACCCGAAAUGCUUAUGAACCAUCAACACCUCGAGGUUGUCGGGAGGUAUUGGGUGUGUUGAACGGCGUUUAUUCAUCACCACUCGCAAGAGCACGUCUACCACUUCAGCCGCGCCUUCUGCUUGCUGUUGCUGUUGCUCUUUCAUCGAACAAAAAGAAUUCGCUCAGUGUCACUUCCUUAAUGAAUGCGUAUCAUCGAGCGUGUGAUGUUGUCAAGGUCCCCCGGCUCGAAGGGGAAGAUUUGGACGCAGCUUUACAAAUACUUGAAAGUCAGUCUUUCCUUGCUUCGGGUCCAGGUGGAAAGUUAUUGUUGCAGGUAAAUACUGCUACUGCGAAGUUAGCGAUUGCUGAUAACAUAAUGAUUGCUCAAGUAACGGGACUCAAUCUGUGA